CCAGCCUUUCAUCCCGGCCUUUCAUCUCCAGUCGUCCUGGCAACACCCCAAAGGGUCCAAGGCUGUUGCCAUGGCACCCAGGGAUGCUCUGAACCCGAGCCAAGGACCCCGCAGCCCCCCCGGGGCUCUGUCCCAGCCUCAGCCCCUCAGCACCCCAGGGUUGCCCUGCGCCAAGGGGGUGGCAGUGCCGGGGGGUGGCAGUGCCAGGAGCAGAGGUGCCCACAGCUGUGCCAUGGCCAUUGGGGAGGACCUGCGCAGCGGCUGCUUCUGGCGGGGGGUGCUGGCGGAGGCCGUGGGCACCUUCCUCUUUGUGGGGGUGGUCCUGGGGGCCUCGGCGGGCCCCGGCCCCCUGGCACCGGCGCUGGCCGGGGGGCUGGCGGCCGGGGGGCUGGUCUGCACCCUCGGGGGGCCGCAGGCCAACCCCGCGCUCACGCUGGCCCUGCUGUGCACCCGCAAGCUCGGGGCCCUGCGCGGGGUCCUGGCGGUCCUGGCCCAGUGCGCGGGGGCUUCGCUCGCCGCCGCCGCCGCCCGCGCGGCACUGCAGGAUGGCACCGGCCUGGUCCCCAGGGUGAGUGUCCCCGGCCCCUGGUCCCCAGGGUGGGGACGGCGGGGACGGCGCUGGCCUGGGAGACCUUCGCCACCUUCCAGCUGGCACUGGCCGCCUUCGCCACGGCUGAGCGCGCGACCCCGCAGGCCGGGCUGGCCCUGGGCAGCGCCGUGGCCGCCGGCGCCCUGGCCGCGCAUGAACCCCGCCCGCGCGCUGGGGCCGGCCCUCGUCACCGGGGUCUGGGACCACCACUGGGUGUACUGGCUGGGGCCGGUGCUGGGCGCGCUGCUGGCCGGGCUCUCCUACGAGUUCGUCCUGGCCCCCGGAGCCUCCCGGGAGAAGUUGGGUGCCUGCCUUGCCUGCCGGGACGUGGCGCUGGUGGAGACCCCCAGCCCAUCCCCUUCCUCACCCUCUGCCCGUGGCCCCCCGGCCCCCCCAGCUGAGCAGGACCAGAGGACAGCCUGAGCCCCCUGGACCCCCCUCUCUG